AUGGCCACUGUUAGCAAACUCGCAAACAAAAACAUACUGUUGAUCGGGGGAACCUCAGGCAUUGGCUUCGCCGUUGCCAAACAGGCACUGGCAGAUGGUGCAAACCUAACCAUCAGCUCUUCUUCUGAAGAGAAAGUGUCCAGGGCCGUCGACCGCCUGCGAGCUAGCAAACCAGAAAACGCAUCAGCGAUCCGCAGCCAAGUUGCAGACCUCUCCAUCAGAAUGAAUCUCGAGACAAUCGUUGAGCGCCUCCUAAAAUUUAGCGCUGAAUCUGCACCGAUUGAUCACGUUGUCUUCACAGCCGGAAAUGUGCCCCCACUCGUGCCCUUAGCUGAAGCAUCAUUCGAUGACGUCGAGGCGUUCCUGACAGUUCGCUUCUUCGGUGCUAUGGCAGUGGCCAAGUAUGCCCCUAAAUACAUGAACAUCAGCAAGACUUCUUCAAUUACCUUGACCUCCGGGACGCAGAGCAAGAAGCCAACCUUUUGGCUACCGCCUGUUGUUGCUGGUGCGGUCGAGGGUCUGAUGAAAGGUCUAGCCGUGACGCUGUCACCUGUGCGAGUCAAUGCUGUUUCUCCGGGGUUUGUCUUGACGGAGUUGAUGGAUCGUUUGCCGGAGGUGAUGCGAGAGGGUGCCAUAGAGAAGUCUACGAAGCUAUCGCUGACGAAGGAUAUCGGGCACCCGGAGGAUACGGCUGAGGCAUAUCUGUAUCUUAUGAAGGAUUAUUUUGUGACUGGUUCUGUUGUUGCUAGUAAUGGAGGAGCUUUUUUGGUGUGA